UUUCGCGUCACAUUUUCCUCUUCUAAUGUCGGUCAUUUUUACAUCUGGUAAAAAACCUGGAUCGCUUGUUCGCGGACAGGACGACAAGGGUCGUACAGGUGUGCACUCUGAAGGCAGUUUGCCUGCUCAUAGCUAUAUACCGUCGGCAAAUACCACCGUCUGGAACAUCAACCUGGACGGAGUGGCAACCAGUAUGGCAUUUUGAGCGGACGAUCGAUAAAACCGUUCAACACACUUUUAUUCUUGCCGAUCACAAAGCUCAACUAACCAUCACACGUGGUAAUGCCGGACCGGAUAGAUGCACACUGGUGGUGGACGGUAGUGAAAUAAAGGCCAUUCAGCCACUGUCAGAUAAAAUGAGAAAAGUCCACAGCAUUGAUAAAUAGAUUCUUCAACGACUGAUGCUCAUUGUUCAACUGCUGUUUUCUUAUCAGUAAUUUGCAGUCAUACGGUAGUUUAAUGCACCAUAACAGAAGAAUUUUUCCUCACUUUCUCAAAUGAGUUUCGUGAUCUUGUUCCCGAUACAUUUGUUUUUUUUUUAAUUUGAAACAACCCUGUAUUUUACUUCUAUGCUCACUCACCUGCAGAUGGAUAGAUGUUUGUG